AUGGCAAUUGCCAACAGGAGUGAUGUUGUCAUUGACAUGCAUCCUUGCUAUCAAAUAGAUAAUUUCUCUUAUGUACUAACAAGUGAGCCUUCUGUCGGCUGUGUUUGUCUGUAUAUUUUCCUUGCAUUAUUGUCUGUAGUUACAAUAUGUGGAAACCUCCUUGUAAUGAUCACUAUCUUUUACUUCAAACAGCUUCACAUUCCUACAAAUUAUCUCAUUCUCUCUCUGGCUGUGGCUGAUAUGCUUGUGGGGAUUAUUGUUUUCCCCCUCAGCAUGGCCUUUUUGCUGAGCUCAUGCAUUUAUCACGAGGACUUGCUCUGCAAAAUACGAGGCAGUUUCGACAUAUCCCUGAGCACUUGCUCUAUUUUGAACCUAUGCUGCAUUGCCAUUGAUAGAUAUUAUGCAGUGUGUCAGCCUCUGACAUACAGGGCAAAAAUGAAUCAUUGUGUUGUUGCGAUCAUGAUAUUGAUCAACUGGGGGGUGUCUGCUCUAAUAGCGAUUGGUGUCAUGAUUUCUGGAUUGCAGAGUGAAAACUGCGAGGAAAAGUGUUUAAUUGAUGUUCUCAUGGAAAACACGAUUGGGCCUUUAUUAUCUUUCUACUUACCGGUGGUCAUAAUGCUGUGUAUCUACCUGAAGAUUUUGCUUGUUGCACUGAGACAUGCACGCAGCAUCCAGACCUCAACCAGGCCUGGAUUGGUUGUCAGCAAGGUUGAGAGAAAAGCCACCAAAACUCUUGCUACAGUUUUGGGAGUUUUUUUGAUCUGUUGGACUCCUUUCUUUCUUUGUAUAACCUUUCUGCCUUUUAGCGACGUUGUGGUACCAGUUCCAGUCAUUGAAACACUUAACUGGCUGACUUUGUCCAACUCAAUGCUCAAUCCGUUUAUCUAUGCAUUCUUUUACAGCUGGUUCCGAUCUGGAUUCAGAAUGAUCAUAUCGGGGAAACUAUUCCUCUGUGAUUAUACAAAUUCAGCAUUGCUUUGA